UUAAGCUGCUUAUCAUGCUAUAUUUCUGUUAGAUAUAUAUAGAUUCCGCGAACGGUUGUUCGUGGAAUCAACCGAGCUUGAUCUCGGGCUCUCGUCCCGGCCGGCUAUAAAUUCCGCCACUCCUUCACCCAGUACUCCUCGUCUUGCAUGCUCAAACGUACAAGAGCAUGGCACUCACUCAUCUCCUCCUCAUCGGCGCCGCGCUGCUGUCACUUACCUUCUUCUCCGGCUCAGCUCUGGCCGGCGAGGUGGGAGUGUGCUACGGGAUGUUGGCUAGCCACCUCAUGCAACCGCCAGCUGUGGUGCAGCUGCUGAAGAACAAUGGCAUCACAAAGGUGAGACUGUACAACGCCGACGCGGGAGCGCUCCGUGCGCUGGCCAACACGGGCAUCAAGGUGGCUGUGUCGCUACCAAAUCCGAACCUGGUAGAAGCAGCUGGUACCAUGUCGUACGCGGUCGAGUGGGUGAAGAACAACGUGAUGGCGUACCCGGGCACGCUGAUCGACAGCGUGGCCGUCGGGAACGAGGUGUUCCACCAGGCACCCGAGCUGACCCCUCAGCUCCUCCCGGCGAUGAAGAACAUCCAGGCGGCGUUGGCCAGCGUGGGGCUGGCCAACGCCGUCAAGGUGUUCACGCCGAUCGCGAUGGAUGCGCUCAAGGUGCCAUCGUGGCCGCCGUCGGUGGGCGAGUUUAGGGACGACCUUGCGCAGUCGGUGAUGGGCCCCAUGAUCGAUUUCCUGGACCAGACCGGCUCACACCUCUCCUUCAACAUCUACCCCUACUUCGCGUAUAAGGAAGAUCCUAAGAUCGACGUCGACUACGUUUUGUUCCGCCCCAACAAGGGCCAAACAGACAAGGUCACCGGUCUCAUCUACUACAACAUGUUUGAUGCUAUGCUUGACGCCGUUUUCCAUGCCGAGGAGAAGCUGCGCAACUCUCUCGGGCAUGCUCGAGGUAGGAUGCUUGAGGCUAGUGACUCGUCAGCGACUAUUCACGAGACGGGGGGUGAGGCUAAAGUAGGGUCGACCAAUCAUACAGUAACGGGCCAAAUGAGUGCCGCGCCGGCCGGCUGGGACGCCCAGGCCUACAAUUCUAACCUCAUCAGCAAGGUUCUCAGAGGCACAGGCACACCUUACAGACCCAACGCCGACAUCAACGUCUACAUCUUCUCCCUUUUCAACGAAGACCUCAAGCCCAACGAGGAGGAGCGCAACUUCGGCCUCUUCUACCCGGACGGCACGCCGGUGUACAAGGUCGACUUCCAACACCCUGGCCCUAGCCCUGGGCCGGGGACUAGCUGGUGCGUAGCGAAUGCGGCGGUCGGCGACAAGCGCCUCCAAGAUGCGCUCGACUACGCCUGCGGCAUCGGCCAGGCGGACUGCAGUGCCAUCCAGCCAGGCGGCCGAUGCUUCGAUCCCGACACCAAGGUCGCGCACGCGUCCUACGCGUUCAACGACUACUACCAGCGCAACGGCCGGUCCGAUCAAUCCUGUGACUUCGGCGGCUGCGGCUCCGUCGUCCACCAGCAACCCAAGUUUGGCAACUGCCUGCUAUGAUGGAUAUGGAUGGACUCAAGACAUGCAUGGUUGGGAAGACCACCCAAACACCACGCAGCUCGAUCAAGAAUAAUCACUUGUAAUUUUUAUUACUUUUUAACUUUUCUCUGUACUACUAUGGAUGAUUAUCAACAAAUGCGGUGCAUGUGUAAUGGAAUACAAUCCCUCAU